ACUCUUACCUUGAAACCAAACCAUCUACAAGCUAACCCUCGAGGAAUUUACCUGACUAACUAGUACUUUCCCUGCCUCUAUCAAUCCAUCUUAUGGCUCACUUAACAAAUGCAACGAAAAGCAUGGACAUCAUCGAUACCAGCCUUUUGUCAUCACUAGAGUUUGUCGCGUCAGAGACACGCCUACAAGAUUUAACUCUGGACGAUAUCAAUGCUCAAAUUAAGGAGCAUGCAAAUGAAAUCAAGAACCUCAACUCGAAGAAGGAGAUAGUUGAACAUCGUCGUGCCAUUGCCUUUUACAAGGGCCGUCGAAAUGCUAUCACAUCACCAAUCAUCGUCACACUACCGCCGGAACUGCUGGCCGAAGUGUUUCUCAAUUACGCUCAAUACUGCUUUCCGAACAUAGACGAGGAGCGUACUCAUUGUCCGUAUCAAUGGUUACAGGCAACACACGUAUGCCGAUAUUGGAGACAUGUCGCUGUGUCCUUCCCUCGAAUCUUCUCCGAUAUAGACCUUGCAGCAGGAAAGGAGGAGCAUCUCUGUGAAUGGCUACGCCAUUCGCGUGAGUUUCCCUUGACUGUCAUUGUUAACGGGGAAAUUGGCUGUUACCGUGCACUUUCUCGUAAAUGGCAACUCCUUGCUCCUCAUUUACCCCAUACUCGUUCACUCCACCUUCCAUUCAACCCACCUCAGGAUAUUCCAUGGCCUAGAAGUCCUCUUUUGACGACGUUAGUAUGGACAGCACCAAGUCCCGAGCGUACGUUUAUCGAGAAAGUCUUCUGUGCUCUGCCCAAUCUCCAGGUCCUGGAAAGCACGACAGUGACGUUGGGACCUAAUUGGGCACACCUGCCACUCCCAGCCUCGCUGAAGACGCUCACAAUCAAACACUCAAAGCAGUCGACAUGCCUUGCGACGAUACCUAUGGAGGAACUUUUUGAAGGGCUCAGCACUCUUCAGGACUUGGAGACCCUUAAGCUGAUAGACAUCAAACGAGUCGAAUACCCUCUAUGCCCCGACACUUCGGCCCCCGUUUUCCGCCAUCCUCUAAAGACCUUGGAACUUACUGGGCAUAUUAAGCCUUGUUUCUCCCUCCUCCGCAACGUGAAAUCGGUCGAUCAUCUGACACUGAAGCUACUCAUCUCUAUCAAACAUAAUCAUAAUGUGAUACCUCUAGCCGAAACCCUCGUCCCAUUUCUCUCCCGCAACAGACCACGCACUUGUUUGUGCACCGCCGACAUGUCUCUACGACAUAGCAAUACUCUGAUCUUCACUGCCUGGAACACCGAAAUGGAUCUGAUAGCUCAAGGUGCCUACGGUCCUAUAUACUCGAACCCUUCCAUUCUGCAUGUUAGGCUUUCCUUUUACGGCGUCCAAACCGUGCGGGACACGGCAAAGUCGUUCUGCGAGACCAUCUCACCAUCACUCUCCGGCGUAGACUAUCUUAUAGUCCCCGUUAAUGGUUACCAGCGUGAGGGGGCUCCAUGUUGGGACGUAUUGAAGCCCGUACUACAGAAUGUCCGGCUGUUGGAUUUCGUUCUGAAGAAAGCGUCUGGCUUGGAAUUUGGGUCAUAUCUUGGUGCCAUUGCUGAUAUCGCUCCCUUGGUCCUGCUUAACUCCACUAGUACAUCAAAUCCCGACCUAUCAGAGUGUAAUUUCAACCGCCCAUCGAGCCCUCGCCAUUCACAGUUGGAUCCAAAGGCCACAGUCUGCAGUGAGGAAGAGCAGUGCGGUAGCUCGAGUUCGGUUCAAGACGCUGGCAGCAAAUACCCUGCAUUCUCUCGACUCAGUGUCAUACAUGUUACUGGUAGAAAGAGCGACUACCGGUGGGCUUCAAACUUCCUCAGGGGCCUAAGGGAAGUGCUGCAAACCAGGCAGUCUCUUGGCUUGACCUUGGACGCCCUCGAACUCCUACUGCCAUCUGACAAGUCGAACUCAAACCCCUCUGCAGAGCAGGACAGUGAUCAAGCUGUGCUUGAUGCACUCACAGGACUAGUUGGAGAUUUGAGUUUAGCCCGAUUUCCUUCCACCUAGAUCGAGGGUGUGGACUUUGUAACAGUGAAGAAUGUUGAGAUUUACCACGAGACACUAUAUCUGCCGUGUAUUGAGGAUGUAUUCAGUACACAAUAUCAUUGCGAGAGUUGCGUAUGAACAAACCCAGAGAACCCGAAGACGUAAAACAAUGACAUGAGCAAAUGCUUUUGCACAAUCGGCCCAGCACUAAUGUUCAGUGUAACCAUCAGUAUAUCUGGCGAAGGUGAUAAGAACCCUGCCAAUGUUGUUGGUGGCAAUAGUUCCUCUGCUACGAGAGGAAACAAAGACGAUGAUGGUGCAGCAUCUUCCGGAGCUGAGAAGGAAGGUGGGGAUGAGUGAACGGUGUUCUUUGAUUUUCUUUUGAAUAUACGAACAAUAUUCAGAUAGAGAUAGCGAUGUCUCGUUCUUCCUUGUGAGGUUAUUCAUACUUGGAGUCACCCGCGGCGCACUUGCCCGUGGAAUGUUCGGUUGCAUACAUUGUAUGUAUGUAUGCUCUUGAAAUGGUAAUGAUCUUGACAGCGAC